AUAGCUCGAGAUCUUCAACAAGGCUCCAUAAAAAUACACGACCGCUGCUGCAGCACGCGCGUAUGAGGUUGCGUUGCCCCGGAUCCAAGGCCUGAACAUUCAUCGACGAAGUGUUUCGGAUAUUCUUCGCUCAUCGUUUGUCUCAAGUUUUCCGUCGUUGGCUGUCCACUUGCUUCUCUUACUAUUCUCCGCUGCAGCGCUUGCUUCUCCUUGAACGCCUGGAAAACCUCCGAAUCGCCUACAAUGGGCAUCUUCUCGCGCCGACGCAAGUCGGAUGAUACCGCCGUCUCACAGACAACGUCGCCAACAGUGGUGCCUGAGCUCAGCAAAGAGCAGAUCAAGCGCGCAACCCGCACACGCAAGAUAUGGGCGCUCACAACCUCCUUCUUUCUCUUCAUCACACUCAUAUUCCUUAUCCUCGUGAACAUUGCGGGCGUACGCAAUAAAGCCGUUAUCAAAAACUGGUACUUCAUCCGGCUCGACUUGAGCCAUAUCGUGCCUGCAAGCGUUCCGAACUUUGCACUCAUCAACACCAUCGCGCAAACACUGGGUCUGCACGAUUUCUACCAAGUCGGGCUAUGGGGAUUCUGCGAGGGAUAUGCGGGCCAAGGCGUGACUUACUGCAGUAAGCCAGAAACGCUGUAUUGGUUCAACCCUGUAGAGAUCCUGCGUAACGAGCUUCUUGCUGGAGCGUCGAUUAACCUUCCCGCUGACAUCAACGAUAUUCUCGACCUCAUUCACCUCGUCUCAAACUGGAUGUUCGGUCUCUUCCUUACCGCAACCGUCUUGUCCUUCGUCCUCAUCUUCGUCAUGCCUAUUUCCAUCUACACGCGUUGGCUCACCCUCGCCGUUGCUAUCCUUGCCUUCCUCAACGCGCUAUUCGUAACAGUCGCCUCCGUCAUUGCGACCGUCAUGUUCAUUAUCUUCCGCAACACUAUCGGUGGUGUGGCUGAGCUAAACAUCUCGGCGGAAAUUGGAGUCACCUUGUUCGCCUUCAUGUGGGUAGCAAGUGCUUUUGCCAUAUUCGCUUGGCUCGUACAGAUGGGACUCUGCUGUUGCUGUGCAUCCAGGAGGGAUGUCAAGAAAGGAAAGAAGAGAGGCAACGAGAAGGCGUACCAUAUGGAUCCUGCUGGCACAGAAGCUGGUGGCAUCAGGGAUACGAACAUGGUCGCCGGCGAGACAAACGAGAAACGCGAGAAGAAGGGUUACCAGUUUUGGAAGCGAUCAGGCUAGGAACCUCUCCCUUCGGCAUUCAACCUCUUCGACCAUGUCACACAUAUGAAUAUCGACUUGGACAUGGAAGUCCCAGGAGCGUAGCUCACGUGCCAUCUGAUGAUUAGCGCAUAAAAAGAGAAAUUUGGAUCCUGUUUUUCGAGCGAGCGCGGCGUUGGUCUGGCAUCUUUGGCAUUUCACGGUACAGCAUAGUAC